CUUCGCGAUGAAGCUUGCAGUGGUACACAACAGGCAGGGUGCGCGUCGUGCCUAAUGCAGUGUCCGAUCGCUCGCCUCUAAAACUAUCCGACUAUGGCUGUGAAUCAUGCAUUUUACACGUAAAACAUGUUGUGGAUAUACUGUGGACUGGUUUUUCUGGCCUCGGCCCUGCUCGAAGCCGCGCUGGCCGUCUCAGUCACGUCUAAAAGAGAAGCCGAUUAUACCUUGGAUGAAUCGUUUUGGAUCGAAGAAAGCCCGGUCGGAGAGGUGGAGAGGCUCCUUCAAGAGUACACGCAGAACCAGGACAUGGUCACAAACAUCGGCGUUCAUUACUACCAGAUCAUUUAUCCCGUACAGUUACGCCAGCACAAGAAGAUGGGGAUCUCCACUAGGGAGAUAGGGUCGUCUAAGGUACGCAAAGAGCGGAGUACGAGAGGCCAGGUCGAUGGAGGAUACCAAGGAAGAGGUCGGCCAGCUAAAACCGGCAAGCACUUCCAUCGCACCUCGCUUCUCAUCAAAGCCUUCAACCACAAGUUUCGCCUGGAUCUUGAGCUUAACACGCAACUCAUCGCGCCCAACAUCAUGCAGAAACAUUUCCUAGCCAAUGGAGCCGAACAGGUUUCGAAGCAGGAUAUCGAACAUUGCUACUACCACGGGACCGUCCAGGACUACCCAGGUGCCACGGCCGCCUUCCACACGUGCAACGGCGUCAGCGGGGUCAUUCACGUGGGGAACGAGACGUUCGUCAUACACCCGUUCUACGGAGGAGACCUCUCGCAGAAACAUCCACACGUGAUAUUCGAAGCCCGAACGAACGCCAACAAGGGUUGCGCCAAUUCCGGCAACAUGGAGUGGCGUCUGAAUACGCACGCCGGCUUUUUUCCGACGUCGUCGAACCACCGACCAAAACGUGACGUCCGCGAGGCGACCAAGUACAUCGAAACGGCGAUCGUGAUAGAUAAGGCGAUGUUCGAGAAGAGGAACGGCAGCACGAGGACGGACGUCGUCCACGACUCGAUCCAGGUGGCGAACAUCGCCGAUCUGUACUUUCGCACGCUGAACACGCGGGUGUCGGUGGUGUACAUCGAGACGUGGCAAGGCGGGAACCAGGCCCAGAUCAAUCGCAACGAAGACAUCGGACGGGCCCUGACCAACUUCAACGACUACACCUCGCGGAAGUUGUUCAAGAUCGAUAAAGACACGACGCAGCUGCUCACGGGCGAGGUGUUCAUCGGAGGCGAGGCCGGGAUGGCGGUGCCGGCGACGGUGUGCACGGCGAAGGCCGUCGGCAUCAGCGUCGACAUCAACACCUACGAGCCGCACCUGCUCGCAGGGACCAUGGCUCACAUGAUCGGCCACAACAUCGGGAUGGGGCACGACGACGGAAGGAAGGAGUGCUUCUGCAGGGACUGGCACGGAUGCAUCAUGGCGCAGGCGAUCGUCGGCCUCGACAACGUGCAGCCGUACAAGUUCUCCGAGUGCAGCCGGUCGGACUACAUCGACAGGCUGAGGACGGGCAACGGGAUAUGCCUCCUGAACAAGCCCAACGAGCUAGAGGUGCGACGGACGUGCGGCAAUCGUAUCGUCGAGGACGGCGAGGACUGCGACUGCGGGACGAUCGACGAGUGUCCCAGCGUCGAUCCGUGCUGCGAUCCCAUCACCUGCAAGCUGACGACGGAGGCGCAGUGCGCGUCGGGGCCGUGCUGCGACAAUUGCAUGCUGCGAGAAAGAGGGGUCGUCUGCAGGGAACCGUCGAACGAAUGCGACCUGCCGGAGUACUGCUCGGGAGACAGCGGCGAAUGUCCGACCGACGUCUUCAAGAAGAACGGACAUCCGUGCGGAUACCACGGCUACUGCUUCAACGGAGUGUGUCCGACGCUCGCCCUGCAGUGUCAGAACAUCUGGGGUUACGGAGGAACCGCUGCCGACGAUCAGUGCUUCGAGACGUUCAAUUCAAAAGGUUCGAUCAACGGGCACUGCGGCAGCUCCGGGAGCGGCACGUUCGUAAAGUGUUCGCCGGAGAACGUCAAGUGCGGAACCCUACACUGUCAGAAAGGUAAAAGAAAGCCGGUAUUGGGCUCGGGUACCGACCAGCUGCCGUUCUCGAGGACUUUCGUCACCAUCCAAGGAACAGAGUACGAAUGCAAGUCUAUCUAUAGAUCCGCCGGGGGCGGUAACGAAGAGAUUGCCGAAGCCCAACGUACGAUCGGCCUGGUCUGGGACGGAACGCCGUGCGGAGAGAACCUCAUUUGCCUUAAUCAAACUUGUUCUAGCAUUUUUCCGUACAUCGACCAAACAAAGUGUCCUACAAACAACAACAAUCUGGAAUGUUCCGGUCACGGGUUCUGCACGAAUCUGAACAAGUGCCACUGCGAACUGGGCUGGGGAGGCCCCGACUGUUCGCUUCAGGUGGAGGUGGCGCUGUUGCCGAUGUCCACGCGACCACCGGACACGACCCCGAUCGACCUGACGAAAAGCAUGCAGAAAAAAGAAACCCCCUACGCGGACUAUCACGGGUCCAACACGAUUUUUCUCGUGGGUACGCUCAUGUCGGUGGUAGGGGGUGUGUUCAUUCUGUUUGCAACUAUGGCACUAUGCUACAGGUCAGUCGUAGUACACAAAAACUUCUCGCUCUGUCUCAGGAAGACGACCGUUCGCAAAUAUGAAAAGCCAUACAAAAAGCCCAUUCCGAAAAACUACGUCCAUACUGCUGGAAACCAUUCGCAAGAGGACAGUUUAGAUAACGCUAACAAGAUCCUGACGUUAGGCACGGGUGUGACGGCUUUCGGCCGGGCCGAUUCACAAAGGGUGUUAUUUCGCUCGUCGAACCAUAUGGGCGCCGGAGGACCGUCCCAUUACCAGGAGCAUAAAAUGCAGCAGUUGAAAAGGAUGGGCGUCGGUUCCGCCAGCGAGGAGGAUCAGGGACAUUCAGAAGAAGAGUCGGUGUCUUUCAUCGAUCUGCAACACAACAACUUGAAAUUUCCGGAGAAGAAAGGCAUACUGAAAAAGCCCGACUACUGCCUGUCGAUGGGCGACGGCGCCCAGGCCGAAGAACUGUUGAGUCAGACCGAAGCCGCCAUGACGCAGCUCAUGUCCGGUACGGGAGCUUCCGAGGUGGAGCGCACCCUCAAAACCUUGAACGGUUAUCACGAAGAUAUUAUCACAGCUUUAAGGAAGGCUGCUUCGCAUCGAGGCACUUCCACCCCGUCGGGCAGCACGAGCGCCCUCAGCGAAGAACUGCUACGAAGGAGUCUACAGCAGUGCGCCGACAGUUACUCGGAAUACAACAAGAGGAGCAGCAGCCAGGAGAAGGUGUGCGAGCCGCAGGUCGUCAUCGAAGCGGAGGAAGAGGACGAGGACGAGGUACCGCCGUGCGGUCCCAUCAGGAUUCGAAAUCUGGAAGAUCUGAUCCGUCAGCUCGAGCACCAUUCGCGGCACAUGAGUCCGAGCGGUUCCGAGGACAUUCGGAUGUCGGAGACGGAAGCCGACCGGCACUACCGCCAAGAGUCCUCAUCUGCCUGCAGCGAAAGCAGUCACCAGUCCCACCGGGAGAGCAGGUUCGUCUAUGGCAGGUACCGGCAGCCGUCGGGACGUCUGCCCUAUCCCCAUCCCCAUUCCCACCACCAAGCGGAGGAGGAGAGCAUCUACGAGAGCGCGGACCACGACAGAGGGGCUCCUUGCGGCGACACCCCCGACAGCGAAAGUGAUGAAUUUAUUCAAGCUCAGCAACAGAUGGCCCGAUGGGCGAGUGAGGACACGAUGGGACAGGCCAGCGGAAGCGGCGUCGGGGGCGGCGGCGCGGUGCCCCGCGAGUACUUCCCUUCGCCGAGUAGUUCGACGAGCGAAGAGCCGCCGAGCAUCGCCCGAGCGCCCGUCCCCGCACCGGGACCUCCCGUCGGACCGCCACACCCGGAACACGCCACCAUCCACAGACCCAAACGUUACCCCGAGUAUAAACACUGAUAGUGACUGAAACAGGGUAGACUUUCGCAGCCCGUGACUUUACCUGUACAUAAUUUAAAUGCGUGUGAUGGUGACUGAUCAACGUAUAUAUAUACAUACUUAUAUAUAUAUACCCACGUAGGGAAAUUCUAAAUUAAUAUGGGGACGGAAGGGUUCUGCACAAGCCCAUAACUACGAAAACAGUUCUUUUUCCUCAGUCUCGAACGAGGGAAAGGGCGUGAUUGCGAUCGGUUCGUCGUCUGAUGAGGAACGGUCUAGCACGCGAAUACGUAGAAGAUCGUUUAAAGAAAUGUGUGCCGUGUCUCGUAAAAUAGACGGAUUACGUCGCAUCGACUUUUGACAUUAAAAAACAAAAGGCAAUGAAAAAAGAACGGAAUGACGUCAGCGCCAAGAAACAUUUCCAAAAUUUAUUCUCUUAACGUACAAAACCCAUUCUCUAGAACUGCGUCGGAGUGUUUUACAAAGAUACCGAUUUUACUUGUAUCUAGUAACGCUCUAGGCGAUCGGUACAUUCAGAAGUACGUUUUGGAACGUCCAACUCACAGACUUGAAGUGCUAUUUAAAAUUUUUAAAUUUCCCCCAACUCCGUUAUUUAGACGCACAUUUUAUCGUACUUCUUCCAUAAUAAGUACACCAGAUUUCAUACAUUUUGUGUAUUACGAAUUUAAAACGAAUAAUAUCGAGUUGUAGCAAAGGAAAGUAAGUUUCCUCCUUUUUUAUGCAACUAAGUUGUUACUGUAUUUUGUGCCUCGUAAACUUGAAUAUGUUGCUCACUGACUAACGUUAACGAUCAUCUAUGUAUGCGCCUAGUAUGAAUUCUUCGAACGUUAAGGAAAUGAAAUGCUUUACUAUUAAAAUAGGCGAGUACUCCUAGUAUUAUUAACUUAAAAAAGCAAUACAGACAUUAAAAUGAUUUCUAUUUGUAGACGAAAGUAAUUUUAUACGUGCAUUUUCUAGAAACGAUAAUUUAACCAAGAUAUAUUUCUAGAGACAAGAAAAUUAUCUGGUUGACUUCUAGCUUAAAUUAGUGCUAAAAGCAGAAUUCACCAUCAGGGCGGUCGCGCUCCACGUGCUUUAACAAUAAAGUUUGAUUAUGAUUGCAGAGUGCAUGUAUGUUUCGUUUACAACAUUUUUUUAAAAGCACAGAACUUAUUUAUGGUUCAAAUCUAAAGCACAAAUUUACAAAACCGACUUUUGCCACGGUGCCAUAAAAAAGUAAACCUAAACACAAUUACGGUAUGUACCGCCCCUCAACACCAAUAUUGGCGUAAUCGUAAACACUGAAACUAUUUUACAUUUCAACGCGGCAAUAUCGAUGUGGAAGAAUGUGUGUACCAAAAUUACUUAAAUUUUCAUUUUAGAAACGUAGCAGAACAAAAUUGAAUAAAAUUUGGCAACAGUUUAUCAUUUUGAUUUUUUAAUUUUUAAGUGAAUAGUGUAGUGCCUACAAAAACGAACGUGCUACCUAUUGUGCGCUAUACAAGCAACAGGUAGCAACUUGUCUUAAUUUCAAAAUAGUUAUAAUCGUAGGACAUUUCGCCUUUAGAAUUCAGCACAACUUCGCGGCGAGUACCUGGUAAGUCAACGGUAGAAUAUCGAAACGAUCGUCAACAACCGGCGACACGCCACAAAAGUUCCGAUGAACUCGAAAAGUGAAAUCAAAUUUAGGCUUCCAGCAUGCACAAGUCACCAGAAAUGCCUUUAGUAAAUAUAUUUCAGCAUUUUUCCAAGUGGUUGUCUUUCGCAAAACAUGCAAAUUUCGAGUUUAUACACUUCAUCAGAGCUAUCGUACCUCUUCGUACGCAAUUUAUUAGAGUCGAGGCGAACAAAAAAAAGGUCGACACAAACGUCGUAAUCUUGAUUUAUUAAUAUGCUGCUCUAGUCUUUCACGUUGAGGGGUUCCAACGGUUACAUCCUCUAAAUUGAUGGUUUCACCAAUAUCUACAUGCGUUAGAUCCCAUCACAAAAUGUAUUACGUCUGGGAUUAACGAAAGGACGUUCUCCCUCUAAACAUCUCCACGCACAGUCUUGUCGUUACGCCAAUCACCGUACUCUUCCUCGCGAAAGACUAUUUGAUUUCGACUUCUUGCAUUAAUCUGUUGUCGUGCAGAGCCCUUCGUCUGAUUUCAGUUAAUUCAACGUCGUCAUCGUCAGAUAGUUGCCGCGCGCGAAUCGUAAUCGCUAAAAAGACUGAUCCGUCAAGACGACGACCUCGCCCCCUCAAAAAGACUCCCAUGUUAACUAAGUGUAGUGUUCAGCCGAUUUUCCCGGUUGACUUUUAUAGUUGUUGACUAUUUGUUUACAAUAGACAGAUUCUGUGCGACGGUGCGUUUUACCACAACAAAGGAUGGAAGAGGAUGUUUUGCAUAAUUCUAAAUUUGUAAUGUGGAUAAUGUUGGUAACUACCAUGUUUUCGGCCUUAGUUAUUGUAUCGAACAGAUCGGAUGCGUAAUACCUCGCACCAGCAUUUCAACUUUUCCAUUUCUACAUGUUAGGGUGAAAGGUUCAGAACACAAAUUAUGUUCAGACUGGAGGAUAAUUCGGGCAUAACGACAAUAUUAAAUCUGGAAAAAGUAGUAGAGAAAUUUUAUUUAUCAUGUCUUGAUUAAGCGACGCGGGAAUUCAAACUCGGAAUACUUGCUUGCGCAUGCGCGUGCUUUUAUUUUUGAUUGGUCCUGAAGUUACGUUCGUUUUCCCCGACUAAGAUUUUUCGACCAAUAGCAGGCGAGGUAACCUUUAGUGGGGGAGAAAGGCGCAACGUCGCCAACGACAGAAAUUUAAAGCCUGCUCAAGCGCAGUUUUAAAGGUAAACCGUUGCGGGUAUUAUCCGACCGAUCUCUCUGGUACCGUACCGGCGUCCUUGCUUCCCUGGCCUAGAACGCUCGAGAGGUAAAGUCCGCCUGACAAGCGUUAAAUUAAAUUUAAUAAAAAAAAUGAAUAAAUCGAAAUCGUUACAAGCGAUUUUUUUAUUGUAGUUUGUAAGUUAGUCUCCAAUUUCUAUUUAGUGAUAUUUCACGAGGCGGUGGCCUAAGUCAACAAACAACACAUGAACGCAGUUAUGUUAAAGACAGGUCGAUUCGUGUCAACCUAGCUUCGCCACACCAAUUCUUUUACGUUGAGCUACGUUGCAACGAUUCAACUGUCUGAAAAUACUUUUGUUGAGUGUACACAUUGUUGAAUAUUUUUUACACUUUCCCUCCAUUUCGGUGACGAUUGUAAGGAGGCGUGCGGGGAGCUUCUUCGUUGCUGUAGACUUGGCGACGACGAAGCUUUCUUCCGGGCCUAGAAAUGUACAGUACCUUUCAAAAAAAAGUCGUGAGUGGGUGCAGUACGUGUAGUGUUGUUCCUGAACGAAUUGAGUUAGUUGUUAGAUGAUUACUAUAUGAUCAAUUCGUUUGAGCGGACGUCGAUCCUUGAAGCCCGACACAAGUGUCCCUUUCUAACUGACAUAUCCGCCAUUGGAGCCCAAGUCGGUCGCUUCGAGGAUGAGCCGGUCCUCACCACGACUAAAACAAUUCUAAAUGCUCAGUAGAACCAUUGCAAAUUUUAAAGAGAAAUAUGAGAAAAUAGUCCAUGCAAGUAGUAUGCAAUGUAAAUAUGAAAAAAAAAGAACUGUAACUGUAUGAAGUUACUGGAACGAUAGAAAUUGUUACAUUCUUAAAUUAAGGAAUAAUUGACAAUUGCGCGUUUUUCGUUCGCGGGGCUCAUCGGUUGGCACCUUAGUUCCGAUUGAGUGAUUUCUGACUGGGUUGUAAGUGCCUCUCAAUGAGCGGACGACUAAAAAAAAAUCAAAGCGUUAUUUCAUUUGCUUUUCGUCACGUCACUUGCGUUAUAAAUAAUUGAAUGUCAAUUAUUGCGUCCAUAUAAAUAAUCACCCGAAAUCCGGUGUACGUUCAGUUUCUGACCCAAAAGUAAUUGUGUAGCUUAGAAAUUGCUGUACAAUAUUCGUUUUCGGUUAACCGAUAGUAUGUACAGUGCCAAACAAAACUGGUCCGUUAAUAAAACAGGAACGUUCAGCAUUUUACUUAUCAAAACGCACGACUCGUUUCAUUUUUUAGCACAAAAUGAAAGGCACUAAUAUUGCAGAAUACACACGAUUUAACGACAACCAACUAACAUUAUAAUGUUAAAAAAAAAUGGAAGAAUUUGCUCAUUGUUGUAUUAUUUGUUUAAAUCUUGUACCCUCUGUACAUAAUGUUACGUUUGUAAUCGAAUCUUAUGAUCUAAAUUAUUGUAUUUAAUAAAUUUAUUAUGUAUGUUGAGAUUUAUUUGUAAGGGGGUAGAAGAUUUCAGGGUAAUAUGAAAAAAUUUUCACAUAUACGCGAAAUCACAGGCAAGUUUUUUAAGGAAAAUAAGAUGGAUGUACAUAUAGUGUUAUGAUGAUAUACACUGCCUAAUAAAUAAAUU